CACACGUAACAAGAGGCCACACUUUCAAAAUAAAGUGAGGUUACGUUCAAAAUGUUUACAAGACGUCUAUUAAAAUUAAACAAAAUUAUUAAUGGAAUAAACAAAUCAACCUUAUUAAAUACCAUAAACAACAACACCGCACUCGCAAGUACCAGACAUUCCUUUGUAAAACAAUAUGCCACUGUAUCUCGACCGAAUUUAUCUAGCGAAAAUGAUGAUACACAAACCAGCCACCUAGGAAAAAUCGAGGGUAAAUUGUAUUUACAAUACAAAUGCAAAGUGUGUAAUACCGUCAAUAACCACUAUUUUUCGAAACUGGCUUACGAGAAAGGAGUAGUUAUUGUUGAGUGUUCGGGGUGCAGUAAUAAUCAUCUGAUAGCCGAUAACUUGAAUUGGUUCACGGAUCUAAAUGGAAAGAGGAACAUUGAAGAUAUUUUAGCCGAGAAAGGCGAAACCGUGCGCAAAGUAGGCGUUGGAAAUGUCAUCGAGGCCAUUGAAAAAGCUAAUGGAAAUUAAUUUACGUUUUAAGUAUAAAUGAUCUUGUAGAUAUUAGAAAUAAAGAUUUAUUAAAAUAAUUUUAAAUACUAGCUCUACCUGAAAAUGUCACAUUUUUAUAUAGAAAAUGCACUAUAUUUUCAAACAAAGUUAUUAGAAUUUAAGUAACAUGGCGAAUUUAUUCUAGCAAUAUCAAUAGCAUAAAAAUGUAUAAAAAAAGCAUUUAUGUUACCAAAAAUGUACAUAAAAACCCAGUGAACUAAUUAUCUACUGUUAAAAUACAUUGCGAAUAGAAUGAAAAAAUAUUUUCAGUCUGUACAAAAUUUUUUCCUCUGAGGACGUAUAAAAAAUAAUUUCAGUCAAACAUUUGCAGUGAAAAAAUAAAAAGCAUUCUUUUUUCAAUAUUUCUGCGAAUAAUAUUUCGUUUCCUGCAUAUAUUUCGAAAAAAUAAAAGGUAAGUAUUGAAAUAAGAUUAUUAAAAAAAAUGUACAUCGUACAAGCAUAACGGAACAGGAUAAAAAUAUUGAGAAACAUUUAUAUACAAAUAGUGUGAUGGAAUACAAAUAUCACAGAGUUUGGUAAAUACAUAUUCGUUGGGAAAUUACUGCAAUACGCAAUAAUGAAAAAAUUAAGCAUAACGUUACAUCCAAGUAAAAUUAAAUAACUGUCUUAAAAUCGAAACGAAGGAUACAUUUAUGAAUUGAUUAAUUCCCAGCAGUGUUUUUACAAGUCAGUUUCAAUGUAAUCAAAAUAGUAUUAUAGUCUUUAAAUAAAUACUUGUGUAAGUGUAUUGAUUGUAUAUUAAUUCAACAUUAAGCUUUGAGCUACGCAAUUUUUGUAAUACUUCCAAAUUGCAAAAAUACUGUUUUAACGAUUUCAUUAAAAUUCAUCGCAUUUCUAAAUACUAACGUUACCCGAUAAAUCAUUAAAUUCACGAAGCUUUUUUUUAAUAUUCCAAAAUUAUUGCCAUAUUAUAUUUUGAUUGGCACGUUUUAUCACUCGAGAUUCGACGCUAAAAAAAUCUCAAUUAGAUCGUACUAAGCGAGAACUUCGAACUGAAACGGUUCAAAUUGUUCCAAAUUUGAAGAUUAAAUCAAACAAACUUUUGAUACCAGUCCGAAGUCCGGAGCGGACGAAUUGUUAAAUUGUUAAAAAAAAAAUGGCACCGAUUUUGGCCUGUUUUCUAUUUGUCGUAACAAAUCCUGUACGUUCGAGUUCACAAAUCAUUGACUAGACUCGUUUCGGUUUGCUUAUGACAGCGUAGGCCUCAUCGUUGUGGAACUGAUGAGCAACAUUCUCGUCCUUUUUCUUCCCGACCUCCUCCGAUUUGUCCGAAAAAUGGACCUCAUCGUAAUCGUUGAACGAAGGCGGCUCGGGCACCGACGGCCCGAAAGACGAUGGAAACGCCUCCUUGUAGUGCGACUUAACGUUGAGCUUGCUCGUCGAACCGAAAAAAUUCAACUUAUCGUAGAAAGUGUCUCCCGUAUCGGCCGGCGUGUUCUCCGUUAUGAUGGCGGGCGCUAACGGUUUUUUAACAGUCUCCGGCUCCUUCUUCGUGCCGCCCCACGACAUGUACUCGUCCUCUUCGUUCAAGUGCUCGGUGUGAUCGGGCGCGUCUAUUCCGUGCGUCUGCCAGGCGUUCACUCUACAAAUACCACACUUAAAUAUCGCAUAAAAUUAACUACAUACAAUCUACCUGUGUUCGAUUUGAUCGUAUUUCUGAACGGCCUCGUACGAAGCAUCACUAUCGGUCGCCUUAUUCCCGGGUAAGAACUUCCUGGGCGGCUUGGUGGGCUUCAAUUUCUGGACUAGCUUUGGUUUAGGCUCGGGUUUUCUCAGCACAAACGGUUUGGAAUGCUCGGAUUCGACCGACGAUUUAAUGGACAUGGUAGAGUCCGACAUCGAAGAAAACGACUGUAUGGAUUGAGACGCCGACGGAGGCAGUGGUGUUCUCGAUCGGGCUUCCAUGGAAAGGGCCGCGUGCAAUUGGGCGUCGCCGACGUCCAGAAGCGGGGAGGAGGCCUCGCCGGAAAGGAGUUUCUGCAUGGAUUUCAUCUUGCUGGCCAAGCACCUGGACGAACCGGUUAUUACGGUCUAAUUAUACCAAGCUUUCGGUAGCUUACCUGAAGAUUUCCUGUUGAUUGGGAUGCUCGAGGUAGAAAGUUCCUUCGCCCGAUUCGCAUUUCCUGCCCGCUUCGAACUUGAAUGUGCCGUUCUUGUAGCCGUAGCGUCUGAUGUAGCAAUAAGGCCAGUUGUAGAGGAGUUUAUUGUCGAGGAUGUUCCUUAGUUGUAAGGACGUUUGGGUAAGUACCAAGGUGUAGUUUUUGUUCUCUAAUCCACACCUAUUGGACACGGUGGAAGGAUGGAGUUUUACGUUGAAUACGCCUUCUCCGGAUGAACAGUACAAGUCGUUGUCUUCUUCGAUGCUCGUUAUUUUCGAUACUUCGUCGGGAAAUACUACGGAUUGUAUGGCUGUGAGCCAUUCGUUCAUUUCGUAUUCAGUCAGGGUUCCGAAUUCGUGCGUGUUUGUGGCGGCAUUGUUGGUUCUGGUGAUGACAACGAAUGUCGUAGGCGAUUUCGAGUAAACUUUAAUACAAUUUUCUAAGGAAAUGAAUUUGCUGGGUUCUUUUGAUUCUUGCGAAUCGUAGACCUCCAGUCGCUCCUUGCCGAAUUUGCUGGCUUUGAACAACAUAAAAUAUUUCUGUUGCCAGGAUUUCUAAAAAACCUUGCGAGUUAGUCAAAGUGUACGGGAAAAUUAGGCUAAAAAAGGUACCUUAAGUAUUUUUCCAACAGGUGGUAACAGAAGAAUUCCUUGGUAUAUUGACUCUUCCUGUUCCAUUUCUGUGAUGUUAGUCACCGUUUUGAACAGCAUAAAAAACUAACUUUUAUCAUUAAAUACCACAUCCACAGAAAUAUUUUAUCACAAUUGUAAAUUGUUUAUCACAUUUUCCUUGUUAUAUUAUGUACAUUGUUGUCUUUUUUACUUAAUAUGUCAAUCCGUCAUUAGUGUCACUGUCACGUCACUGUCACUCUUAAAAUCGCAUAAAAUUUAAAAUGAACCGUAAAAAUAUGUCGAAUAUUAUAAAUUAAACCGUUUUUGUUAAUUUUUUAUUUAUACUAUUAAUAUAAAGCUGAAUUAUUAAUUAUAUCGAAAGAAUUAAAUUUAUGUUUGAUAAGAAUUCUUAUAAGUAAAAUUAAAUCUGGCAACAUCGUUUAUUUUUAUAAUUUAUCGUUGAACUGCCGCUCCUCAAUUUUGUGAAUCGGAAAUACCUAUACCACUUUCUUUCCGAAAUGCAAACUAUAUCGUCAGGAUUUACUCAUUAUUCAGCGCGCUCGUACAGGCCAUUGUCAUUGUCAACAAAACAUCAUCGAAUCAAUUAGGAAUGCGGCGCAAGUCAUAGAAUUAUCCGCACACUAUAACCUUCCGAAGAAAGGUAAUCAAUGGAUAUUAAAAACGUUUUACCUUUGCGUUUGGCCGCAGUUUAUCGGUCGAAGUCAUGGCAGUUUGAUAUCACGCAAAUGUUCGAUCCAGGGUGAAUACGUGCAUAACAGCGACUCUCCCGGUCAGUAUGCCGCAUUUCUGGGACUUCGGCAGGAGCCCACCCAAGCAAAGGAACCUGCAGGACGGGCUGUUCCAGAUAGCCUCGCAGACCUGCAAUUUGCUGGUGCAAGUCAACAACACGAACAACAUCAGUUACGGCGACAACAGCUCCAACAUUCAUCUCAAUACGUUGUCGGCGGGACCGUCCAGAAAUCGAACGCCCAACGGGCCCGCCUGCGACUCGGAAGACAGGGAACAGCUCCUGGUGCUCAUACCGCCGGUCACGCAGAGGGUGUCCAAGUUCAGGAGGCCCUCGGCGCUACUCGGGAAAAGAUUAUCGACUGUUCUCGAGACUCCUCCUGUUCAAAAUGAAGAGGAAACGGAUAUUUGGAGCCAUGGUUUUAUGAUCCCUUCAAAUGACGACCCUCCAGAAAGGUGGCGCAAUAAGAGUAAAUGGUGCAGACCUUCUUGCAUUCCCAUUUCUAUAAUUUGCAUUUUGAUCUUCCUCGUAGUAUUGUUACCCCUAUUAGAUCACACGACGGAAAAAGCUUUAGAAGAAUUAAAUGGAUUUUCGACGGAAGCAUGCAAUAACACUUGCGAGUUUUCUUUGAUCGAGAGCAUACCAGAAGGUUUAGUUUAUCCGAAUGAUUCAAUCAUAUACCCUUCCACAUUUGAUACUUGGCUAGAUUUGAUAAGCUCGGCUAACAAAACCAUAGACAUAGCUUCAUUGUAUUGGACGCUACGUCGUCACGAAGUCUAUCCAGAUCCCUCUUCUGAACAGGGUGAAAAAAUAUUUCAAUCGCUUCUACGAGCGGGCGUCGGUAGAGGAGUUAAAAUAAGAAUAGCACAAAACGCACCGUCGCAGAACUACCCCAACAUCGAUACCGAGCUGUUGGUCAAACGGAAAGCGGCCAAAGUACGAAGCCUCAAUUUCGCCAAGUUACUGGGCUCCGGCGUGUUGCACACGAAAUUGUGGAUAAUCGAUGGUAAACAUGUUUAUUUGGGUAGCGCCAACAUGGAUUGGAGGGCUUUGACGCAGGUGAAAGAACUGGGUAUAGCAAUCAGGAAUUGUUCGUGUUUGGCUAAGGAUAUCCAAAAAAUAUUCGAAGUGUAUUGGGCUCUAGGAAUCGACGGUGCUAAGAUACCUCCAUCAUGGUCAUCCAAUUUAUCGACUCAAUACAACUCUGAUACGCCGAUGGCGUUGACGUACAACAACGAAACCUUUCAAAUAUACCUAUCGAGUUCUCCUUUACCGUUCAAUCCGGCCGGCCGGACGAACGACAUCGACGCCAUCAAAACCGUGAUUCACCACGCCGAAAAGUUCAUCUACAUAUCGGUGAUGGACUACUUCCCUCUCAUGAUCUACACGCCGAAGGCGAAAUACUGGCCGGUGAUCGACGAUGCCCUCAAAGCGGCCGCCAUCGAGAACAAGGUCGAAGUGAAGCUGCUGAUCAGCUGGUGGAACCAUUCCAGGCAAUCGGAGGACAAUUUCCUGCGCUCGCUGGCCGAGAUCAACGACGCCUACCGAGGAGUCAGCAUCGAAAUCCGUCGAUUCGUCGUGCCAGCUAACAAGGAUCAGCGGAAGAUACCGUUCGCUCGCGUCAACCAUAACAAGUACAUGGUUACGGAUAAUACGGCUUACAUCGGAACGUCGAAUUGGUCCGGGGAUUAUUUCACGGAUACGGCCGGAGUGGCGUUCGUUUUGCACGAUCCCGUGUUCGAUAGGAAUACCAGUCACACGACCAUUCGUAGUCAAUUGCAGGGGGUUUUCGAACGCGAUUGGAAUUCGCCCUACGCGCAACUACUAGAUGUUACAGAUUUUGAUGUAGUUUAACGCGUAAGUAUAGCCGAUUUUGGUGUAUUCUUGUGGGACUUAUAAAUGUUGUAGUUGAAUCUAAUUUAGUAUAAUUUGGUAUAAAUAUUAAUGGCGGUUGUAAAACUGCAAACAAAUGCACAAAGCGAUUUAUUGUUUUGUACAUAUUCAAAUGUAAAUUUCUGCUCAUUCUGAUUGUCGUGAUAUAUUUGAGAUUGUAAUUGUAUUUAUGUAAUUUUUUCUAGGACAAUUUUAUAGGGUAUAUAUGUCAUGUUCGGCAAUUUGCAAACAAACGUAUUAUUUUAAAUUAUUUAAUUGAAGCACUGCAAAGUAUCGAUGUAGGAUAAUUGAACACUUUAAGCACGUUUUGAAACGUUUAUAUGUGUGCCUUAAAAUUAGAGUUUUGAUACGUUUUCGUUAAAAAAACAUUUAUUUUGUAUAAUAAAAUAUUUUAAAUGUAAAUUCAAUUUAUUAAAAAAAGUUCUCUUAAUAAUCCUAUCUAAAUUAAAACGAAUUUCUUAAUAAUGAAGACUUACGAAACGAGCCCCUCUUUACAAAAGAACCUGUACGAACAUUUCAAUUGUGCGUUUGAUCGUCUUCGACGAAAUCUCUAGCCACUUCCCUGCUGACGCACUCGAUGUGACUCACUUUAUUCCUGAACUUCACACCGUAGAACUUAUUCGCGUGCUCGAGCAACUCCGGCCUGAAGGUAGUCGUUAUGAAUUGUGCCUCGCCGGACAAUUCGUGUAUCAUAUUAGCCACCGCUCGCCUAAAUCAAACAAACGUGAUGAACGAAAUAAAUUCCAGAAUCGCAACAGUACCUGUAGGACGGAUCUAAAGCUUGGUCGAUUUCGUCGAAUAGAUAGAAGGGUGCCGGAUCGCACUUUUGUAUGGCGAAUAUCAAAGCGAGGGCCACCAGCGAUUUCUGUCCGCCGGACAAUUGGUUCAUCUCCUUCAUUUCGACGUCGGCGUCCGUGAACGAGAUCUUGAUGCCGAUGCCGGUGAAAUUGUCGGCGUUGCUGUCCUCCGGUCCGAUUUCGUGGCCCUCUUCGUGAUCGGCGGUUUUCAGUACUAACUUCGCCCGACCUACCGGCACCAAUUUCUUGAAUACCUCCGUGAAAAACUUCGAUAUUUGCUUGAACGUGAACUGAAUCGCCUCCAUUUUCCUCUGCUCCAACAUGGAUAUUAGUUCUUUGAUUUUC